UAGUAUGUGAGUGUCUUUUGUUUAUUCAGUGUCCUGGACUAACAUGGCGAAGAAGUAAUGUCAGUAGUAUGCCAAAAUGAAUUCGUGGGACAGCGCUUUAGGAGACAAGACUAGCACAGUGUUAGUGUAUGUGUUAAUUCCUGCAGUUUUGGGUCUAGUAGCAGCAUGGAGUGUCCAUGGAAGGCGGAGUAAUUCGGUGCCCGUACAUUCAAAUGGUGUCAGUCGUCGAAGAAAAAUUGUUCGAGAUCCAGCUGCUGGACGUCGGACGCCAGUACUACCGCUAAUUAAAGGAACCAUAUCCAGAUCUGAAGACCACUCUGUGAUGCCUAGUGGAAGAAGAAACGUUGGUAGAACAAGUUCUAAUAGACCUCCACCCCCACCACAAUCCAACCAGCUCUUAAAUGAUGAUACCCACAAGUCAAAAACCUUUGGACCAGCAGAAAAUGUUGGUUCGAAAGUGGUAUCACCAAAGCACAUUCCAAUCCCGAGUAUCCCACAAGAUGGCAAAUUUGUAUUUGAGGUCAUUAUGUUUGUCUUUACGGGAAUGACCUCUUUUCUUCAGUUUCUCCAUCUUUAUCGGACUGUAUGGUGGUUACCACAAUCGUACACGAGAUUUGCCAUGAACUUUUACCUGAUUGAUCCCUACUUGGUUGGCUUCAUUGUAACCAUUUUGGGUCGCCGGUUGGUGUAUUGCGCUUUAUGCAAGGUUUUAAUGUGGUGGAGUCCAGCAUCGUUGUGGCCAAUUCUGCAACAGGUCCUAAGGUUACUACUCUUGGGGCUUGUUCUCUCUUCGUUGGUGUUGUGUGCAUACCAUAUCAUGCAGAGUCACCCGAUUGUAAAUAUAUUUUAUUUAUGUUAUCCAAUAUCUGUCUACUUCAUAUUGUUCGGUUUAAGCGUCAGCCCCUUCUUUGAUGUUACGUCUUUGCCUCCGCUUAUGAAGGAGGAAUGCAAAGGAAGAACGAUCAUGUGUAAACCCUUACAUAAUUGUUCAAUGUCUCCUCAAGCAAUCAGAGAAGAAGUUGAAGUACUGAAGACAGACUUCAAUAACCGGAUGAAGCAGAUUUUAUUCAGCUCCGUUUUAAACGCGUAUUAUGCCGGUUUUGUCCCGUGCUGCUUCGCUCAGAGCUUCUUGUACUACGACGUGUACUGGGCCACGCAACAUUUGGCGUUUGUUUGGGUUGGCUGUUUCACGAUGUAUAUUGUGCACUGUUACCCGGCCAAAUAUUGUGAUGUCCUACAUCGGGCAGCGCUACACUUAGGACGUUGGGUCAGAAUUGACGGCCGGCCUUCCCACAUACCGGCUCAUAUGUGGGCUCAUUCUACACUUUGGCACCAGGGGGCAUUUGUGAAACACUGCAGGGAAUUGUAUAAGGCAGAAGGAAUUUCAAAUGCAGCGGAGAUACAUCUCUUGUUAAUGCAGAAGUGUUUCUGUAUUCCAUUUCUGAUUUUCUUUGCCGACGUCAUGAAUGAGUCUUUUGUUCCAGGUAAACCCUUACAUAAUUGUUCAAUGUCUCCUCAAGCAAUCAGAGAAGAAGUUGAAGUACUGAAGACAGACUUCAAUAACCGGAUGAAGCAGAUUUUAUUCAGCUCCGUUUUAAACGCGUAUUAUGCCGGUUUUGUCCCGUGCUGCUUCGCUCAGAGCUUCUUGUACUACGACGUGUACUGGGCCACGCAACAUUUGGCGUUUGUUUGGGUUGGCUGUUUCACGAUGUAUAUUGUGCACUGUUACCCGGCCAAAUAUUGUGAUGUCCUACAUCGGGCAGCGCUACACUUAGGACGUUGGGUCAGAAUUGACGGCCGGCCUUCCCACAUACCGGCUCAUAUGUGGGCUCAUUCUACACUUUGGCACCAGGGGGCAUUUGUGAAACACUGCAGGGAAUUGUAUAAGGCAGAAGGAAUUUCAAAUGCAGCGGAACCAGGAAACCAGACCCACGCCAGAUUCUAUGCGGUGUUCAACAACCCGUCAGUUUUUCUGUCCUCGCUUUGGGGCCUGCAGUUGUCUCUCGUUAUAAUACAGAUCUUGAUUCUGGCCUCCUCGUCGGAGUGGUAUCACGUCGUGUCUCUCGCCCUUCUGCUCUUUGCAAACUAUUACACUUUGUUCAAGCUGUCUCGGGAUUAUUUGAUAUGUUGGAAAGUUUACAAGGCGGAGCAGAUGAUCCAGGACAAAAUAGGAGGCUGACGUGCGGCGGACAGCUACGCGUCGCAACACGACCUGUUUCGAUUAUCUCUUUUGUGACUGUAAUGUAUUGACCGUGUAAAACUUUGUGCUUGUGUAUCAUUAAUGAAAUGUCAUCAUCAUCCUGCAUCAUUACAUGUCUUCGUCCAUUCCAUUAAAGUAUCCUCAAUCCUGACA